AUGGCUAACCAACAAAUGGGUAUCAACCCAAUUGAGGGUCUCUUACAAGAUCCGGAGGCUUCGGUCUACCGCAAGAAGAGAUCCCCGAGGGAGGUUUUGAAAGCCAUCUUGUUGAUGCUAUCUUACGACCUUGUCAUAUGGUUUUUCAACAUGGUUAUUCACACGUUCUUUAGGGAAAUCCGUCUGAGAGGUACGUUCAACAUCCCCAAGAAGGGAGCUGUUAUAUUUGUCAUUGCUCCACACCACAAUCAGUUCGUUGACCCUGUGGUGGUAAUGUCUACCACCAGGGCUACGGCUGGCAGAAGAAUCUCCUUGCUUACGGCUGGUAAAUCAUAUCGUCGAGCCUUUAUUGGUCUGGCAGCCCGGCUAUGUAGCGCGAUUCCGGUCGAGAGAGCUCAGGACUUAUUGAAGACAGCUCUGGGAACGAUUCGGAUCGAGGACUUCGGUCCGGGCAACGACAACGUGAACGUCAUUGGUGAGGGUACACUCUUUACAAAGGAGGCCGAGGCCAAAGGUCUUCUUGGUCUUCCCAACAGUAUGGGUAAUGCCCAAAUUGCACGGGUUAUUUCUGACACGGAAAUCGUCUUGAGGAAUCCUUUCAAAGUCAACUUCGAAAAGCCAAGCGAAAGGGAUAAAGUAAUUAUUGAUAUGCUCACAAAUGGGACGCCUUACAAAACAGCUCCACAUGUGGACAAUCACCAGGUGUUCAAUAGUGUGUUCGAGCACCUCAAUAAGGGUAAAGCAAUGGGUAUAUUUCCAGAAGGAGGGCUGCAUGAUAGACCAGGGUUACUUCCUUUGAAACCUGGUGUUGGUAUCAUGGCAUUGGGAGCUGUGUUGAAAUCCGAAGACCCCAAUGCAGUGGUUAAUAUCAUACCCGUGGGACUCAAUUACUUUCAUCCACAUAGGUUCAGAUCGAGAGUUGUCGUGGAAUAUGGUAAGCCCAUCCGUGUAACGAAGAAAGAUGGUGAGAAGUACGAGCAAAAUUCUCGUGAGGUUGUCAACAGGCUAAUUGAUCUCAUUACUCUCAGGUUGAAAGAGGUGACGGUUACUUGCGAUGACUUUGAUACCUUGAUGGUUAUACAAGCUGCAAGAAGACUAUACACAUCAGUCAACCGUGAGCACAUACCGCUUCCCUUGGUUGUUGAGAUGAACCGCCGCUUGAUGAAGGGAUACCAGAAGUAUUCUAACAGGGAAGACGUAAAGCAGCUCAAGGAAAAUGUUUAUCAUUACAACAAGACACUCAUGGCCAUGUCGCUUCAUGACCAUCAGGUGGAAGAUCUUACUGAAUUGAACAGAUUGAUCGUAUUCUUCAGGUUCGCAAAGCGAUUGUCAACGGUCUUAUUUUUCCUUCUUCUUUCGUUACCGGGAGUAUUUAUGUUUGCCCCUGUUUUUAUCGUAUCACGCAGAAUCUCCAAGAAGAAAGCCCAAGAGGCAUUAGCCGGAUCUGUGGUUAAGAUCAAAGCCAACGAUGUUAUCAGUACUUGGAAGAUCCUUGUGGCUCUUGGGCUUGCCCCGAUGCUUUACAUUUUUUGGGCCGCAAUUGCGUGCUGGCUCUUACGUUCAGCCAGCGAGAUAGCCAGAAGCAUCCCUCUCGUCUUGCUAUUCAUUGCAAUGUACUUGUGGAUGGUGCUCACGACUUACGCGUCAUUGAGGACCGGAGAGAGCUGUGUGGAUACAUACAAGUCAUUGAAGCCACUUUUGUACUCGAUACUAUCACAUAAGAAGGACAUGAUUCAAAUCGAGGAGUUGAAGAAAAUGAGGCGUAAGUUAGCUCACGAGGUGACGGAGUUCUGCGAACGAUACGGACCGCUGAUAUUUGACGACUAUGACAAGUUCUACCGAGAGUAUAACCUGUUUGACGAAAAUAGCAGUGAGUUUGGAGAUGCUCUACCGGAGGAAGAAGCAGAACCAAGUACUGCAGACCAAGGAUCCUUGUACUCCAGGAGCGAAUCAUACUGGCUUGAUAACUUGGAGAACAUUCCGAUUUUCUCAUCGGUAGAUGAAAGCAACACCACUGUGCUGGAGGAUGACACUGCUUCUGAGAUCAGCGAGGUGACGGAAAAGGAGCAUGAUAUCGAGAGGGUUGAGCAGAAGAAGGAGGAGGAGGAGGAAGAGGCAGAGCGCCAGGAGGCAGCCCGUUUGCGACUCCGGAAAGCUAUGAAGCAGAAAGCCAACAACUGGUAA